AUGUAUCCUUCCCUUGUGGAGAAGGUGUACAGAUCUAAGAUCAAGGAUCCGAAGAAAGUAAAAGAUGCAUUACAACGGGAUCAAUGGCGAUUUGACGAGUUACCAACGGCUGUUGCAGAAAUGAAGUCGAGAGGAAUAAUUGAAGCAAAGGGAUCCAAGUCGAACGUCGAUGUAAAAGGGGGGGGCCUUACGAAAGAAGCCAUUGAGAGGCUGGUACAGUGGAAGAUUACACACGGACACUCACGGCCGUUUCUUCCGGCCAUGGUCCGCAAGAAUGAAGUUUCAGCAAUCCAAACACAAACCUCUCUCGCGUUCGAAAAGUUAUCGUCAGCCUCAUCUCCGACACCACCGUCAAAAUCAACCAUUAAGGAGUCUCUGGACGUAGUAUGCAAACUCACCGGGAUUGGACCUGCAACCGGCACAUUGAUACUCAAUAUCUGCGACCCCAUCAAUAUUCCCUUCUUUCAAGACGAAAUGUUCCUGUGGUUUUUCCCUGAUGUGAAAAGCGACAAGUUGAAAUACAAUCAGAAAGAAUACCUGCAGCUCCUUGAGGCCGUAGGUCCAGUGUUGAAGAGAUUAUCCGUCAAGGCUAUUGAGCUUGAGAAGGUCUCAUAUGUCUUCGGACACACCGAAUUGCUCGAGGAAGCAGAACGUAAGAAGCUUGAGGACGCGUCUGACGAGAAGGUUACGAAGCAUGAAGUCAAAGAAGCGCCGGCAAAUGAAGAUGCCCAGAUCAAAACUAUUCAAUCGGAUAAAGGAAAACCAAUGACCAAAGGGACGAAACGAGCAUCAACAUCAGCAACUGACUUUGGGAAAGAACUCCAACCUUCAAAAAGGCGGGCGCAACGAAGGGGGUAA